UCAAGCUCUAGAUACAAAUGUACUUCAAAAUUAACAGUGGUCAAAACUGGCACCGACUGACAGGUUAAAUGCUGCUCCGUUUGAACUAUCUCGUUUAUGUGGUGAACAAACAGUCAAUGACUAGACAGGAGAGCCAAAGCUUUGGACCUUUGGCGAUCAUCUGACCAGUCCAUCUAUAUUUGGGACCUGGAUACAAGUCUGACGUCAUGUCUGGAAGGGCCACUGCUGCUUCCGACAGUGAUGAUGAUGGUGAUGUGGUAGACAUCACAGAGUAUAGUGACCGAGGCAAAAAGUUGAAGAAUUCAAAAUCGGCAUGGACAACAGAGGCUCCAACAACCAUGCGACAGGAGAUAGAGGUAGCAGAGUCGGAAGCUAUGUUCUACCGAGGAAUUCUCGACGUCAUCAUAGCGCACCUCGAUCCCAACAUGGAAGAUGGUGAAGUCGAAAGGCUCGUGCUGCCACCUCAAGUGCCAAGUGACGUCAGAAAGAAGCUCCGCAAGUACAGGGUUGAGGCAAAGAAUAUCAUCGAAUUUAUUGACGAUAAAAUGGGGAACGACAGCGACGAUGAUAAAGAAAAUGAAGACGAGAAAGCUGAAGCUGUCUACCUUACGACACUUAUAGAAAAACUUUGCUCGGCCGUAAAAGGGAACACAAUAUCGUCAAAGUUUAAAUUACCUCGUGUGCCUGUCGUAGACGCGGAGAGAAAAGAUAGACUGAAAGGGUACAGAAAGGACGGAGGCGAAAUCGUGGAACGUCUUAAACGGUUGAAAAUUCAAAAGAUUGAUAGAAUCACCCAGACAGAUUUCCUAAAGGAAGACUGCAAAAUUCAGCAGACACGGGUCACAGAGUACAUCGAUACUGGUUCUUCCACACAGACAAUUCCCGAAUCUAAGAAGAGGAAACUUGUACAAAGAUCAAGACAAACUCAGACAGACUUUGACGACCAGGAUUUAGGUAAAGCACCAGUGACGAAUCCAGUAAAACAGCCAAAUGUAGCGGUUGCACAUCCACCUUCAUACAGCACUGUUAUGGCCGACCACAAUGUUACAGGAAGCGGCGUGGCGAAUGCCAAUCGUGGACAAGGUCCAAAUACACACUUUUUAAAAACAGUGAAAGGUGCCCAAGGUGUUGAAUUCAUACAUCAGCAAGCACAAUGUGAACAACAAUAUCACCAAAACCAACAUCACAACUUCCACCACUUUGGACAACAACAACAACAACAACAACAAGACAAACACGUGGUGUCUGACAAUACGUUUGCCAACGUCGGAAGUCGAAAUACUGCUGAUCAUCAGGACAAGUCGACUGAAUGGCAAAAUGGUGAAAGUAACCGAUGGAGUCCCGAUAAGAAAGCGGAAAAGUCGGAUGGAAGUGUAUUUCCAAAUACAGGCGAUGAUCGGUCAAAUGGGCUCGGAAGCGGCUCCGACUUUUAUAAUGACUUGAUGAAGUAUGGAGGAGGAGUUCCUCAAAGACCUUCAAAUAAGUCGAACGAUGACUAUAUCAAUACAUUGGAAGCUGAAAUUCUCAGGUUGUCUUGUCGUAUAUCGUUGCUUGAAACGCAGCUUCAUGACUCUCAAAGGACUCUGGUAGUAUCUGCUUACUCAAACGAUGCGGUUCUUGAAAGAGUUAGCAAGCAAAUUAAGUCAAGUGGUCAGGAAAUGUCCAACAUUAAUGACGAGACACUAAUUCCGCCGAUUUCACGAGACGUAGAGCCGUCAACUCGGGAAAUGUCGGAUCUGGCGGACAAGAACAGGCCGAUCAAACUGGCAGAAAGAUUCGCACGCGUGUAUGACCGAGAGUGGAUAGACAUUUUUCAGUUUGAGACAACUGACAUGAAAAAAUCCGAACAGAAGGCAAUAGCCGAUAUUUUGGAGAUUCUGCAGGGCAUUUACAACAUAUGUAUAAGGGUAACAGCAGAACAGAUCGACGACUGGCAUACACAGAUACAAGCCAGCCAGACAUCAGACCUACCAGAGUUCCUUAGACGCAUACGAAAGCUAAAAGACAACGACCUACUUACAUCAUUAAAACAAACGCAAAUCGAGAUGUCUGAACAGACGAUCCCAAGUAUUAGACAGGAAGUGGUCUCCAAUGAAGCGUUCACGUCGUUUUACGGCCCCGAGUUAGCCAGUUGUGAGCGGUUUGUGUUCGCGUGUGUUGAUGUAUGUUGGCUGAUGGCAGUGAGGCAUCCACCUAUGCUACUCGACUUUACGUGUAAGAAAGGGUCAAAGUUCGACAAGGAUGUAUUCUCAGCAUACACCAAGAUGGGCAAGAAGGUGGACUUCCUCGUGUGGCCACCUGUCUACCUCUACGAAACAGGACAACUGCUUUACAAAGGAAUCGUCCAGCUCUUAUAAGCAGGCACUUUUCAAGAAAUAUUUUCUCUGACAUUUUUAUAAACAGUGCUUAUGUAGUCAUACAUAUUUUGUACUCCGAUAGGUCAAGACAUUUUUGUGUCGAGUGAAGAAAAGACUUAAAUUGAAAAUACUUUUAUUCAAGUCAUUAAUAAUUCAUUAAAAUUGUAUUCUGUUAUAUUUUAACGUUUUAGCAUCCUCGGGUUCGGUGUAAUAAUAAAUGAUGUACCCUAUAUCAGAUGCUCUAUCUUGAAAUAUAUUUUAACGUAAGAAUUUUAUGAAUUCUUUCAUGUACUUUGUUCAUUUCAAAGGACUUAACGUGUGCUUUAAUGUCGCAUAGCUUGGAAAUAUGGCAACCACAUAUCUUCAGUUGAAUUACACAUCGAUGGAAUAUACAUAAGAUAUUAGAAUAAAAAAGUGAUCUUGGAAAUAGAAAGACAGAAGUUGAUUAAUGAUAAACAUUUUCGAUGCAUGUUUUCGCGGAUGAAUUUUAGCGAUUAAAAUUGUGUAGAAUCAUACGUCGACCAUUAAUAUAACCUCCCACAAAAAUAUCCUUAUGUUAAAGAUUUUCCUGUGAAUGUUUCUUGUUGUUUAAUCAAUAGAUACAAAUAAACUAUAAGAAAGAAUCACUUUGGUAUGUAUCAUUACAGAGCCUUCAAUUAUAGCAUAAAUCAUAUUCCAUGAAAUAUAUUAUUUCAUCCAUUGAUAUAAUACAAAUGUACACAUAUACAAAUGUUUCGUGAUAAUGAUAAUGUAUUCGUACAUUAACAUUAUAUUUGAAUUAUAUAAAGCUACCAGAUUUACAUUACAAACAACACCACUAUACUAUUAGAUUGGCCGGUGACUGUGAUAUACAAAAUCAUGGUCUGAAAUAUUAACUAGUUUGAAUAUAUGACAUAAUUAUUAGUUGUUAAUAAUAAAAAUCUUUGUAAGCUUUUUAAUGUUCAGUUCCAUCAAGCCUUACACACAUUUCUUCAAUAUUUGAAUGUAUUUUAUUGGUUUUUGUUGUUGUUGUAAAUGACAGAAUGACGAAGAAUUUUGUUCGAUAAAAACCAUUCCACUUUUUUAUUUAACCCAUGUACGUGCAUGACCCUUCGGUUAAAGAAGCGUCCCUUUUGGAGCAGACAGUGUCAUAUUUUAAACUAUAUUUAUAUUUAAUAAAGAAAAUGAGCUGUCAAUAUUGAAAAUGAAAUGAAUACAGUUAGCAUCAUAACUUGAUACCAUAUAUUUCUUCUAAGCCAAGGGAAUACCUAGUAUAAGCGUAAUGGUAAAAUGAGUUUGAAGACUGCUAUACAGAUAUAAUAUGGAUACAUUUCAGCCAUCUUCUAUUUCGUAUAAGAAUAUGUUGAUUUGGAUUAAACAGAACGAACAUAAUAAAAAGUUCCUUUACACAUUUUUUUUAUUUAAACAUAUUUUAUUGCAAAUAACAGAUGUUGCAAACGAGUUGGACACAGGUUUUGCCAACUUAUUGAAGUCCCCUUCGACAAAAAUUAUUUGAUUACAAUACAUAUCACGCAAUGUUAGAGUUACUUAAAUAUACAUAUGACAAGAAAGGUUUGUAGGUAAGAGAGGGGACAAAGAAGAGAUCGAGAUAACUUUCGAAUUGGACACAGCUAACUUAAGUUUUAUUGCAUAAUAUAAUUAGAUUGUGAGCCAUGUCAGAGUUCAUUUUCCACGAAGACGGAGCUUGUGAUAAACUAAUCGCUUUUCACACACCUUCAGCUUGUCUAUUGUCCAUUACAUCCCGUACCUUGGUUAACUUUCUCCUUGACAUUCCUUCCUUGCUGUUGAAAUCCUUUUCCACUUGUCCGACUUCGUGGAAAAUGCCCACCCACAUAGCAUAAUCAGUAUGGAUAAAUAUAUUGUUUUAUAUAGAUUGUGAAAGUUAGGUGUGUACGGUAAUCGGAUAACAGUUGUAUAUGGGGAGGAGAAAUAAAUACAUGUGUAUAAUGAAAGGUGCAUGUUUUGUUGUGAACACAAUCAAAUCAUCAAAGUAAUAGGCAGUAAAUAAAUAAAAUUAAAUAGAUUAUG